AUGUUUCACGAUGAGGAUGAGGAGUUGAAGGCAAGGCACAGCUGCACGGAUGGGCUUUGCUGUUUGGUCUUUCUUGCCAGCCUUGCGGGGCUUGGCUGCCUUUAUGGCUAUGGAGUGAUGCACGGCGAGAUGGGCAAGCUCUAUCAUGGUAUUGAUUAUCAGGGCAAGAUUUGUGGCCUGGAGGGCCCGGAGGGUGUGCCGGGAAAGCCUUAUUUGUUUUGGUGCAUGAACUCGGCCAUGACGGCGGCAGACGUUUCUCUCAACCUGAAAGAUCCCGUCUGCGUGUCCAGCUGCCCGGGCGUCCCCAGCGUCUUCGGUGGAAGCCUUUAUGCGCCUGUCCCUGAAUGCAAGAUCGUUUCUGCCUCGCAGCAGAUAAAUUCUUAUAAGACGAUGGUCGUCAUGAACCGCUACUGCUUUCCGGACAGCUCGGGGCUGCUGAAGAGCGCGGCCGACUCUUUGGAGUCAGGUUUGAGCAACCAGCAUACAGAGCGAUUCUUGGAGCAGCUGUCGUCGAUCCCGGCCGCCUGGCCAGUGCUUUUGAUUGCCUUCUUCUUGGCCGUUCUCCUCGGGUACAUUUACCUGGUGGCGCUGCGGCACUGCACCGUUCUGCUCAUUUGGUUGGUCAUGGCCUUCUCGAUAGCUGGGUCGGCUCUGCUUGGCUUCUACCUUUGGGCAAAUGCAGGCACCCUCUCAAGGCACCUGCCAAGCGGCGUUGCCCCUCCAGAAGGGUACGGGGACAACGAGGAGCUGGUGACAAAGGUCAUGGCGGGCCUUUGCUGGGUGCUCUCGGCGAUCAGCGGCUGCGUUGCUUGCUGCUUCCGACAAAGCAUCGAGGCAGCCGUGGACUGCAUUGAGGAAGCCUGCGAGGCCAUUCAGGAGAUGUCGUCCUUGCUGCUGGCGCCAAUACUCAAGGCGCUGUGCCGCGCUCUUGUCUUUGGCUGCCUGCUCUACGGUUUCUUCGCGCUGUUGUCAACGGCACAGGUCUCGAAACCUGUGGAGGGUGGGCUGGUUUACAAUGCCGUGAGCAAUCAGAUGGAGGGAGUGGCUCGACACUUUCAAUUUACAAGCGAGCAGAAGGCUGCUCUUAUCGCUUACGCGUUCGUGGCGAUUUGGGUGGAGUGUUGGCUGAAUGCCCUGUUCCAGUUCAUCAUCGCCUACGCUAUGGCAGAGUACCACCUUUCCCCAAAGGACAACGAGGGUGGCAAGGUGAUUGGUGGAGGCUGCUGUGCCCUCUUUGAUGGCCUCCAGGUUGGACUCAUUCAACAUGGUGGAUCGUUGGCCAUGGGCUCCUUCCUUGUCACCAUCUUCUGGGCCCUGCAGAUGCUGGUGGCUGUCAUGGAUGCUUCGAACAAGGGGGAGGGCAACAAUGCACUGGUGGACUGUAUGUUGAAAUGCAUGCAAUGCUGCCUGGACUGCUUCCGGAACAUCGUGGAGUUCCUGAACAAGAAUGCGUACGUGGACAUGGCUAUGAAGUCCCAAAACUAUUGCGCCUCUGCCAGGGAGGCGGUGUCGGUCAUCGCGCAGUUGCCUGUGGCCAUGGCCGUGUUGAACGGGGCCACCAUGGUCUUCACACUGUUCGGUGCGCUCUUCAGCGUGCUUAGCUGCGCAGCUUUGACCUUCUUCCUGACUACCACGCCUUCCUUCUCAGCACCGGAUGCCCCGCUGUUUGUGGAUCAGCCUGUGGCAGUGGCUGUGGCCGCUGGUUUCAUCGGCGGCGCUGUCUCCCUGUGCUUCAUGACUGUCUUCGACAUGGCCACCGACUCCCUGCUGUACUACUACGGCUUGGACUGGCUCUACGGGAGACAUGAGUUCAGCCAGGCCCCAGACGGCAUCAAGGAGCUGAUGCACAGCGGCAACAGCGGAAAAGGGGGCCGGCAGUGA